AUGCCGCCUCCGGUCAACCGCUACGGGCCCUCGGGCAUGACGGGCCCGUUCCCUCACCUCCAGCAAGCACAUCUCCAGCAGCAGUCCCAACACCACGCCGGCCACCCGCAGUCCGCCAGCGCAGGCCUCCCUCCGCCAUCCCUAGGCGGACACCCCGGUUUUGGCCCCAGCAACCCUCAGUCGAGCAUCAAUCCCUUCAGCAUACCGGGAGCUAACGGUAUUGGGGUCACCGGCUUCCCCACAGCCGGGUCAGGCGCGGGAGUUCUUGGUGACGGGAGUGGUACCGGGCUCGCGAGCCAUGCCGCCCAGAUGGGGUUCGUAAGGGGUGCUCAGAUGCAGCAGCAGCAACAGCAACAACAGCAGGCACAGCAGCAGCUUCAACAGCAUCAGGUACAGCAGGCUCACUUGGGCCACGAUGGCCGCUUGGCCAUGGGCGGCAAGGAUAGUGCGGUCAAGUCGAGGAUACGCGAUGUCUGGAAGCAUAACCUUGCUCAAGAGAUGGCCAUGUUGCGGUCCCUGGUAGAGAAAUACCCAUAUAUCAGCAUGGACACUGAGUUUCCAGGAAUCGUUGCCCGACCGAUGGGCACCUUUACAACAAAAGCAGACUAUCACUACCAAACCCUGAGGUGUAAUGUCGAUUUACUGAAGAUGAUACAACUUGGAAUCACCCUUUUCUCUGAAGACGGCGAAGUCCCGCCGGUAACUGCCACACACGCGAACUCGGAAGCUUAUAAUGGCACCCUGGUACCUGCGCCAUGCACAUGGCAGUUUAACUUCAAAUUCUCGCUCGAAAACGACAUGUAUGCACAAGAAUCCACCAGCAUGCUGGCAAAGGCCGGCAUUGAUUUUAACCUGCACGACAAGAACGGUAUCGACCCCUUGGAUUUCGGAGCCCUGCUCAUGACCUCUGGCCUGGUCCUCCUCGAUGACGUCCACUGGAUUUCUUUCCACUCUGGGUACGAUUUUGGAUACCUGAUGAAGAUUAUGCUCUGCAAACCCUUACCAGAUGACGAGAAGGACUUCCACAAGCUCCUCAACAUAUUCUUCCCUUCCCUCUACGAUAUCAAAUAUCUCAUGAAACACGCCGGGCGGAAUCAAACUGCCAACGGUUCCCCCCUAACACACGCAGCAGCACAGAUAAUCGCGAAUCUCGGCCAGAAAUCAGGCCUACAAGACAUUGCGGAUGAGCUAGGCGUCAAACGAGUCGGCAUAGCACACCAAGCCGGUUCGGAUUCCCUGGUAACGGGCGAGAUAUUCUGGAAAAUCAGACAGCUCGUAUUCAACGGAGCUAUCGACGGGUCUAAAUAUUCUGGCCAGAUCUGGGGUCUCAAUGGACAGAUAGCCGCCAUGCCUUUUUACCCUGGAAACCAACCCCAUCAGACACCCGGACCUAACGGAGCAGUCAUGUACUCGGCUGCAGGAACGCCCAGCACCCCCAACACCGGCCAUGCAGCGUUGAACAGCCACCAAACACCGGGCCGCCAGACCGGCAGCAUAACCCCAGGCACAGGGACCUAUGGUAACUUCCAUCCGCGGUCUUGA